AUGUGGAUUCAGAAACUACUGGUGACGAGACAGGCAGUGACUACGACUCAGACACAGAAAGCGAAGAGGAUAGCGACGAAGAAUUCUUUCGAGCGAGAGCUAUCAUCCAACGAAGAAGAAAGGGAAAUAGCGGGACGAGAACAGCGCAACGCGAGAAAAGAGAAGACCCGCGCCGACAAGAAAGCAGCGAGAGAGGAUAAGCGACGCGCCAUAAUUGAAGGUCCCAAGGCCGAGGGAAGGUUGAAGCAGCUCGAGCGCGACGAGCGUAAAGCGGGACUAGAAGACGAGGUGGAAUCGUUAGUAAAACAACUGUCGCGGAUGAGUAUCAACGACGCACGUUACGCCGGAAUGUACUUCCGCGCCCUCAAGCUAGACCGCGAUGUUGUGUUCGCCGUCCGACCACCCUACGCAAGUGCAUUUGACGUACCAGCCGCCCCCGCAAACCAACCGCUCCAACCUAUCACCCCAGCACCCCGACCCGACCGCUCCUUCCAGACGCGUAACGCGAGCGAAAUGACAUGCUUCGGGUGCGGCGAGGUCGGCCAUGGAUUGAGUUCGUGCCCCAAGAUACUCGACCUGCUUGAGAAGGGAGCCGUACGCAAGGACACGAAUGGGAAGCUGGUGCUGAGCAAUGGCAGCCGAAUACGACGCGGCCCCACCGAGCCCAUCGCGGAUGCUGUGGAAAGACAAUUAGCAACUACACACUAUGCAACACUAGGGUGGGACGUACCUGAUGCCCGCCGAGUCCAUUUCACCACCAAAUACGACACGUUCGACGAAUCGGAGGACGAGGUUCUAGUAAUGCCUGCCGAGCGUGGCGUCAAACAAGGCAAGACCGCGCGACGAGAGAUACUGGAUGGAGUUGUAAUGCCGCCCAGACCACGAAAGAACGAGCGGAAGAGUCCACCAGGCGAGAGACCAGGCAAAGAGGGGAUGAGGAUAAUCCCCAUCGACGUUAAGCCCCAAGAGUAUAAGCCAACCGAUGAGGACGUUAUAAUGGAGGACAAGACAAUAAGCCUACCGCGUCCUGUGAUGCCGAAUCACCGGCAAUCCGAGUUACCGGGAGGCGCCAAACCGGUUCCGGUUGAAAAGCCGAGGCGUGUGGCGCCCAUGCAAUCCAAGAUUUCGGAAUCGGCCAGGCCACGCGAGGGGAAGUGA